AUGUGCGAUUCGGGCAUACUGACGGUAUCGAAUUCGCAAUGGUCGAGCAAGCCAAAGUUUGUACGCUGGAAGAAUGAUAGUCUGAGGAUGGUCCAUGUCUUCUGUAGGCUGAACAAGGCGACUAUUAAGUUCAAUAUCCCGAUGAAGAGAAUUGAACCAAUCUUGCACAAUCUCAUACAAAGUCGAUUCAAAUGCUACUGGCAGGCCGACACGUCAAUAGGGUACUGGGGCAUACCCCUCGCAAGGGAGCACGCCUACAAAACCGCGUUUAACACCCCGCUGGGUCAGUUUUGUUAUCUGCGCAUGGGCAUGGGACUAUCGGGUGCAGUGCAUAUAUACGCAAGAAUGAAAGACAUCCUGACGGGACCGAUACCAUCCCUGCUCGCUGAGGCGGCUAUCUCAGGCUCCGGGGAUGACUCCGCAUUCGAGUACUUCAUGGAAGACGACUACAGUACCCAUACGUCAUUCGAUAGUCAGUACCGUUUUCUCCAUGAGAAAUUCUUCCCCCACAUCGCCUGGUCGGGGCUGAGGCUCAACCCUGCAAAGAGCCACUUCUGGUCGAGGAACCUUAAACUAUUGGGGUUUGCGGGCAGCGGGGAAGGCGGACUCCGCCCAUCGAUCGAUAAAGUGGCGGCAAUAAGGGACUAUCCAGUCGCAAGCAAUGUGGCUGCGCUUGAGCGCUUCUUGCAUAUCAGCACGUACCUGAGGCAGUGGGUACCGGGAAGAUCUGAUCACGCAAAGAUUCUAAAGACGGCAAUACUGUGCAAUAUCAAUAGCAUAGGUGCGCGCAGAGAUUUAGUGCUGCAUUGGAAGCCAGAGCACGAGGCGUCAUUCAAACACAUCAAGGAGUGCAUCGUCAACAACGUCGUUUGGGGAGGCGACCCCACCAUGCAGUACCACCUUUCCACAGACGCAUCAAACCUAGGCAUAGGUGCUGUGCUGUUUCAGCUGGAAGAUGCACCUCCAGGCACCAUCGCGGGACCUCGGCACAGGGAAAGUGAGCGAAUCGUCCUCUUCCCUUCCAAAACAUUCGCGCCUGUGGAAACGCGCUACCACACCACGGAGCAUGAAGCGCUUGCAGUAGUGAGGGCGCUAAGUGAGGUACGCUGGUUGGUUUUGGGGUCGCCAUACCCUAUAAAGGUGUACACGGACCAACAAGCGCUUCUGUCGGUUCUGAAAGGUGACGAGGCAAAAGGACACAUAGCGCGGUGGCAAAUGCAGCUGGCAGAAUAUGAUAAGGAGAUCUAUCAUGUGCCGAGAUCGCAGAAUGUGAUAGCGGACGGGAUGUCGAGGCUUAGUACGAGGCGGGGAGACGGAGAGAUAGAGGUGGCGGUGGUGGAUAUAGAGGGAUGGAAGGAUUGGCUGGAAGAUGAUUGGUAUGGCGUGAUGGUGGAGUAUAAACUGACGGGAACGUUGCCGGCGGGCAAGAUUGCGGGUAAGGCGGGGAAGGAAGGAAACGAGCUGUCAGAAACGGAUAAAGCGAGGUGGCUGUGGAAUCUGAAAUACCAAUCGGCGCGAUUUGUGAUAGUCGAUCCCGAAGCGCCGGACCGACCGCACGGACUCCUAUACCGAGAAAAGAACGGAGAAUUGGCAAUCUGCAUCAGAAAAAGGAACAUCAAGGAAAUCCUAUGUUGGGCGCAUAACGUACAUAGACACUUUGCGGAGUCAAUCACGUUGAAGAAGCUAAUCCGCAAAUAUUACUGGCCGACACGCCACCGCGAUACCUCAUAUUACUGCCGAUCUUGCGAUUCAUGCCAGCGGGUAGGCCCAUUAAAACCUUCGCAAGCGCUACUACCCAUAUUCCAGUUGCAGACAAUGGACUUGUGGGGCAUGGACUUCAUCAGGCCGAUCGCUCCGAUAUCAAGAUCGGGUAACAGAUACAUCUUGAUCGUCGUCGAUUACUUUACCCGCUACCUCUUCACAAGCGUGGUAGCGAGAGCGGAUAGCGCGGCAGUUGUAGUGCUAAUCUCGGAAAUCGGAAAGUACAUCGGAUGGCCGCGCGCCAUAUACAAUGACAAUGGCUCGCACUUCGUAAACGCGAGCGUCAAACAACUACUAGAUGGAUGA